AUGGCGACACCGAGAGAGCACAUAGAAGAGAUAAGGAAGAAAAAGUUCUCCAUAGGAGCAGAUGCACUCAACCCUUUAACUGAGGAUCUUCACCAUGCUAUCAAGAAUCUCUCUGCUGAACUCUAUGCCAAAGAUGUUCACUUCCUCAUGGAACUCAUCCAGAAUGCAGAAGAUAAUGAGUACGUAGAGGGGGUUGAUCCAUCACUUGAGCUUGUCAUUACAUCCCGGGAUAUAACAGCCACGGGGGCUCCUGCCACAUUGCUGGUUUUCAACAAUGAGAAAGGAUUUUCUCCUGAAAACAUAGAAUCCAUUUGCGGUAUUGGACGGUCCACCAAGAAAGGCAACAGGAAUCGCGGUUAUAUUGGGGAGAAAGGAAUUGGGUUCAAAAGUGUGUUUCUCAUCACUGCACACCCUUAUGUUUUCAGCAGUGGAUAUCAAAUAAGGUUCAGUGAAGAUCCUUGUGUGCAUUGCAAUCUCGGGUACGUAGUUCCUGAAUGGGUUGAUACAAACCCUAAUUUGUCUGACAUAACACAGUUAUAUGGUUCUGCUUCUGAUCCUCCCACCACAACACUGAUCUUACCUCUAAAGGCUGACAAGGUCCAGCCUGUGAAGCAGCAGCUCUCAAGCAUACACCGUGAGCUUCUGUUGUUUCUUUCAAAGAUUAAGAAGCUCUCAGUCAGGGAAGACAAUGGCGAUCCAAGUCUCGACACUGUAAGUGCAAUUGAGAUAGCAAGUGAGACUAACUUUGUGACCAGAAAGAACAUUGAUGCGCAGUCCUACACCGUCCAUCUCUCUGCAGAAGAAAGUAGCAAUGCGGUUGAAAAUGAAUGCAGCUAUUAUAUGUGGAAGCAGAAGUUUCCUGUCAGGCAGGAAUGCAGAGUGGAGAAGAGAAUGGAGGUAGAUGAGUGGGUGAUCACGCUUGCAUUUCCAAUCGGAGAACACCUUCAUAGAGGAACAAGCUCACCCGGGGUCUAUGCCUUCCUUCCAACCGAGAUGGUGACAAACUUUCCCUUCAUAAUUCAAGCUGAUUUUCUUAUUGCAUCAUCAAGGGAAACAAUUCUUCUGGACAACAUAUGGAAUAAGGGUAUUCUUGAUUGUGUGCCCACUGCAUUUGUUAAUGCAUUUAUCUCACUUGUUAGAUCCGUUGAAGAUGCUCCAGUGUCUAGUUUGCAUCGUAUAUUCAAGUUUCUGCCUGUCCAGAGCUCUUCCUAUGAAGCAUUGAAUGUUAUCAGAGAGUCGAUAAAGGCAAAACUUGUUGAAGAAAACAUUGUCCAGGAAAACUUCUGA